UCAUUUCCGUCGCUUAUUGGUGACGUAAUAUACAGACACCUUGUCUCAUUCGUAGAUAGCUCACAUGUGCAUGUUAGAAGCAUAAACGUAGCCUUUACUAAUAAAAGUUAAGCAGUUCUCAUUCGAACUGUGUCCAGCAGCAGACAAUGAUUCAUCUGAGAAGAACGGCGCUGAUGGCGCUGCGGUCAAAGCAGCGCAUGAGCACGAGCUCAGGCUGUUCACAGACUGAGCUACAGCAGAAGAAGAAGGGGUUAGUGUUAGGAGUGUUCGAGCAGGAGAAGGGAAAGGAGUCUAAUGUUCAUCUGACAGAGGCAGCCAAAGAUUUUGACCAAACAGUGUCUGGAAAGCUGAGCGAAUUAAUAAAAAUCUCCGGACCGACACUGAAGAAAGGCAAAUGCAGACUAUUUUAUGGAAUGCACGCGGACUUCCCCUGUGUUGCAGUAGUCGGCCUGGGUGAAGAGAAUGCAGGUGUGUGUGCUGCAGAGAAUUGGAACACCAGCAAGGAGAAUGUCAGACAAGCUGUCUCGGCUGGCUGCCGUCUACUUCAAGACCUGGAAGUGGGCCAUGUGGAGGUGGAUGGCUGCGGUGAUGCCCAGUCUGCAGCUGAAGGUGCUGUUCUGGGCUUGUUUCACUACGACCAACUCAAGUCCAAGAAGAAGGCCAAAGUGACGACAAAGCUUCAUAGAAGUGCAGACUUGAAUGGGUGGCAGAAAGGAGUUGUGUAUGCAGAAGGUCAAAACCUGGCACGGCUAUUGAUGGAGGCUCCAGCCAGUCACAUCACUCCUACCACUUUUGCCAACACCAUUGAGAAAGAGUUAGCACCUUACUCUGACAGAGUUACAGUGAAUAAGAGAUGUCAGGCUUGGAUCAAGGAACAAAAGAUGGGGGCAUUUUUGAGUGUGUCUAGAGGUUCAGAGGAGCCCCCUGUCUUCUUGGAGAUUCAUUACAAUGGUUCAACAAACACCACACAACCUCCACUGCUCUUAGUGGGCAAAGGAAUCACGUUUGACAGCGGUGGUAUUUCCCUAAAGCCAUCCGCAUCUAUGGAUGCAAUGAGGGCUGAUAUGGGUGGAGCUGCCACGGUGUGUGCAUCCAUUGUAACAGCAGCGGCUCUGAAGCUUCCAAUAAACAUUAUUGGACUGGCUCCUCUGUGUGAGAACAUGCCCAGUGGAAAGGCCACGAAACCAGGUGAUGUUGUAACCGCCAUGAAUGGAAAAACAAUCCAGGUUGAUAACACGGAUGCAGAGGGCAGAUUAAUUCUUGCUGAUGCACUCUGUUAUGGACACACCUUUAACCCCAGAGCUAUUGUCAAUGUUGCUACACUAACAGGUGCGAUGGAUGUAGCACUGGGCUCAGCAGCAACUGGAGUCUUCACAAAUUCUGACUGGUUGUGGGAUCAGCUGCACAAGGCCAGUGUUGUGACAGGUGACAGAGUAUGGCGUAUGCCUCUGUUCCAGCACUAUACCAGACAGGUGACUGACAGCCAGCUGGCUGACCUCAACAAUAUUGGCAAGUACAGCCGUUCUGGCGGUGCGUGCACAGCAGCUGCUUUCCUGAAGGAGUUUGUUACAGCUGCUCAUUGGGCUCAUUUGGACAUUGCUGGUGUUAUGAGCAACAAAGACGAAAUUUCGUAUCUAAGGAAAGGCAUGUCUGGAAGACCAACACGUACCCUUGUGGAGUUUGCUGCUACCCUUGCCAGUCAAGGCUAAAAUGUGGAUAAAAAAAAUCAACACUUCACCUCACAACCUCAAUCUGCCACGAACAGACAGAGUUUAUGGUCAAAGUCUGUGUCUAAUCUGGUGGAUUUUCUUGGAGAAACUGAUGAUAAUAUUUCUAAAAUGGAUUUUGAUGGGUCAUAAAUGCUAAUGUAAAAAUGCAGCAGUCCAUCGAAUAUUGUCCUCUUUUGUAAAGCAUCUAGUUUUAUCUAAAUCAGAACGUUUAUGAAAUAAAUACAAUGGUGUAUCCAAA